AUGACAAACUAUUCACCAGACAUUCAAAAUAAUGAAAAACUAAAAGAAUUUAUCGUCAAAUUCUACAAAGCAUCCGAUAAAGCACCGCGUUCAGAUGAACAACAUGAUCCCUAUUUGGAUUUUUUCACCACUAAUUCCCCCCUAGUUAUGGGAUUGAAAAAAGUAGAGGGACAUCAAGAAAUUGCUCAAUUACGACAAGGGAUGUGGGAGAAAGUUACUCAUAGACAUCAUGUGGUGAACAAUGUUGCUGAAAUCAAUGAAAAAGAAAUUUUGCUAAACGGAUAUGUUGAGUAUACUUUGAUCAAUGGGAAGAAUGUAACCACUGAAUGGGCAGGUCACAUGAAACUUGAAAACAGCACUGGCGAUGAAAAUGGAUAUAAGAUGAAUUAUUAUCAAGUUUAUUUGGAUCCAAGUGCCGCAGCAAAAGCUUUGAGUGAAUAA